GCGUGUGGUUUCAUUCAUAACUACAGUCGUUAUUUGAAGCCCAGAAUAAAGUAUGCAGACGGGGCAGACUGGCUGUGGACCGCUUCACUCCGAGUCUACAACAAGGGCUGAGGGCGGGCGGUGCAUUGACAUGGGACAGCCCUGCUGAUCGGGGGGUUUUCGGCGGCGAAGGGAAGAUGCUUCUGCUGCUGAUGGUGCUGAUGCUGACCGCCGGCUGCAGCGCGUCCCUGUAGUCCAGCAGCAGCACGCAGACAGCGGAGGGAAGCUCCUGUGACACCUCCCGUUAUAAGACGCAACACAUCUGGAGCCCCUCAACACCCACUCUCACCUGAGGGUUUUAUGCAGGCUCACUCACUCUGACCUGGACCAUGAGCAAUGAUCUGCCUGUCCUGACAAGUCUGACAGAGAACUCCACUCAACAGGAUGUGCCCGUGUCGACCGGCCAGGCGGAGAACUACGUGCUGCUGCUGGUGCUGCUGAGCGUCUUCGCCGGCGGGACGCUGGUCCUGCUGUCCCUGCUGCUGCUCUUCUGUCACCGCUGCUGCUUGGGUGGACGACGCUACUCCAGAGCGAGCGAUGACCCUGAGAAGACAAACACGACUUAUGCUGAGGAUUCUCAGCCCACGCAAGAGAUCACAAUUCGUCUGGAUGAAUCAGAUGCUCUCUCAGCGUCGAGUUGUCACAAUGGAGAGUCGGACCGAUUUGUUUCCACCGCCUCCACUGGCCGCAGAGUGUCCUUCAACGAAUCUGCGCUGUAUGAGCAGGAAAAAAACACUCAGGAAAAAGGACGCAGGUACACUCUCACCGAAGGAGACUUCCAUCACCUGAAAAAGGCCCGGCUGACCCACCUGCACCUGCCUCCCGCUCCGUGUGACCUGAAGAUACUCACCAUCAUGGAGUGUGACUCCACGGAGAGCAGCACCAUCAACAUCAGUGAGACUUCAGCUCCCAAGAUGCUCCUCAGCAUCUACCAGCCUGCUGAGAGAAGAGUCCCUGACUGGCUGGGACAGAGCCUGAGUGGGGGGCUGCCUGGAGAUCCACACCACUCCACCGUCCUGGACCACAGAGACAGGCAGUCCUCCUCUGUCCUCAAGUCCCAGCGCUCUCAGACAAUGGAGGCCAUUGGAGACAGGGGCGAGGCCGAGAGCGAGUGGGGGCCGAGGGGAGAGUCGGCUCAGGCCCCGGGUCCGGCGUCUGUUCUGCACUUCCUCUCCAAACUGCGGCGACAUGCCAGCCUGGAGGGGGCCGGGCCGUACUUCAGGAGGUGGAAGUUCGACACCAGCCAUCGGGCCGCCAGUCUGGACGCCAAAGGCUCCCCAAAGAGAAAGCCUUUUCAGAGACAGAGAGCAGCAAGUGAAACCACUGACCACACCGAUGAAGACUCCUCUCCGCUCCGAGAUGACGCCUUUGAGUCUUUCCCACAUAUUCCCAUCCAGACCAGCGGCCUCCAGUCCCUCUCCGCUGAGACUCUGCCUCAUCCUGAGACAGCUCCUACAUCCUCUGUCUUCCUCAGGAGGCUAAAGCUGGAGGCCAUGGUGGAGGUAGCCGGCAGCACCAGCAGCAGCAGGAGAGCCGAACUUUGUCUCCCAUCUGAUCCCACUCUGGGUCAGGUUGAGCCUGCCGUCAACGGAACCCGAGCGGAACAAGAAACGGUGUUUGGAGCAGCGAUAAGAACCAAAGUAACAAGAAAUGAGUUGGAGUCUGCGGAAGAUGACGACCUGUUUGGUGCAGAGCAAGGACCGACCAGGCGGGACCGGUUUGAAGAGCUGUUGAGACAAACCGAGGAUGCAAAAACAGAUGUUGGCACGGCUGGUGUGAGAAAAAAGAACGAUGCAGGGACAGAUGAGGGAGACGAUGCGCCGUUGGGAGCCGUGGCCAGAAGGACAGACUCAGGCUCGUCUCUGUCUUUCAUGAUCCGCCAAGAGAGCUCAGACGCACCCCCGUCCCUCUACAGAGACAUCUGGAGCCUGAGAGCCUCUCUGGAGCAAUAUGCCUCUUCAGAUCAGAGCAGCACCGAUCGUGAGUCGGUCCGCAGUGACGCAGACAGCGUCUCGUCCUUUGGUGGCGCAGGAGCUCGAUCGGGCCUGGACACCUGCCUGUCACAAGACCUGGACGAUGAGCCUGAAGGAGAUGGUGAGGCAGAGGGUGGAACCAGAGGGGUGUCAGGGGGAGACGGGGAGAUGGGGAAUGGAGCUGGAGGAGAGGUGGAGGGAGGAAACAGGAAGUUGCUUCAAAUGGACAGUGGUUAUGCCUCCAUUGAAGCGCCAUCCAGAGCCCCUGAAGAUAUGAGGCUGUUUGGGACUCCUGGGGCCCCUCGGGGGAAGACUGCUUCUGAGAGGAGACUGUUUUUUACCAGCUCUGGGAGGAAAGGCUCAGUGUGUGAGAGCGUGGAGACCAAGUUGUUUCAGGAGGAGCUGGAGGACCAGAUGACCCUCAGCGCAGACACAGAGGAUAGACUAAAGCAGAAAUCUCAGGGUGACAGUCUUUCUCACACCCUUCAAGAGCCAUAUCAGCUGCUGAAGUCCCUCCAUCCUCAGAAGCCUCCAGAAACACAAACUCAGCUUAUUUCUCCGCUGGUGAGCCCGACCCCACAGCCCCCGAGUCCUCAUCGAUCCCGUCUCCGUCGCCGUGACUACAGCAUAGACGAGAAGACAGACGCACUCUUCAACGAGUUCCUUCGUCAUGAUCCGCGCUUCGACCAGCAGGACUCCCCGCUGCGCUCCAGGCACAGGUCCAGGGUUCACCUCCGGAAGCAGUGGCAGAGACACAAGCAAUACAGCGACCCGGGUUCGGCCUCAGGGGGAAGGUACUCGCCGUCUCUAGAGAGACAAAGGUUCAUCCCGCUCAGGAGGGGGGACAGCGCAGGGUACCCGCUGGACACCAGGUACCACAGCACCCUGUCGAGAAUAGCGAGCGCUGCCGAUGAAGAAGCCAGCGAGGUCGCGGCUUCUGAGGAGGCGGUAACGGAGAGCGCAGAAGAUUCGGUAGGAGAAGGAGCUGCAGGGAGCACGACCGACAGAACGUCCGUCGGAACAGACCCAACAAGAAGCGUCUCCCCAGAGUUGGCUGGUGAGACUGAUGGCUGCCAAGUGUCCACAAGCAAGGAGGCGGGAAGCGCGAGCAGCUCUCUGUCAGCGCAAAUGAGCCACAUGGACCCCAGAGUGGACAACAGGAACAACAACAGCAGCCAGGCUAUCCUGUCAGAGGUUUCUCUGCAGGCCCAGAGCAGCCUAGCAGACAAGCUGGUGGCGUCGGUGGACGAGAGACUCUACAGCGGGCUGCGCCGUGCAGAGAAGGCCCGACAAGCAGGGUCAGAGGUCAUCGUGACGCAAACUGCCUCACCGGGGUCCAAUCCCACAUAAUUCCCUGCCAUUGUAUUUAUUAUAAAACCACAAUAAGUCAAACAUCAUGUGUCAGGCAUCUCUAGCAGCAUUAGCUUCCAACUCGUCCAGCCACAUCCGAACUGCCACUGUGACGUCCCUCCGUCAGUAACCAGAGAACUCAUCCCCGACCUUCAAAGAUGUAGAUGCAUCUUUAGAAAACAUUAUUUUCUGACCUACCUGUGACUUUUCAGCAUGCUACUACAAGUCCAAGCUAUGUGUCUGUGAAUAAUGUACAGUUUCAACCUCUAUGAGCACUUUGAUGGGAUGAAAGCUACCGCUGGUGUUUGUCAGCCAUUUCUCUCAUGUCCCUUUCCUCCUCAAGGAGGACAACCUCAUGUUUGUCUCCGCCGUCAUCAGGUUUAAUGGUCGUGUGAGAGCGGUCGAUUCCAUGAAUAAUGAUACGGUGAACCGCAAAUGUCCUCACAGCCCCUUGGCUUUUACACUCACAACCACAAAAAAUGUGUUUAGGUGGAAUUUUACGACAGACACACAUGCAGUAGUGCGAAAUUGGAUUUUCUCUUUUUUUGAAAUGAAUGAAAACGCUGUAGAACCAGAGAGAACAAAUGAGAAUAGACAUUUUCAAGUCCUGCCACGGAAUCUCAAUUGGAUUUAGGUAUGGACUUUGACUGGGCCAUGAAGUUCUUGCUCUAUGAUUAGGGUCCUCUGACAGCUAAGGUGAGUGGUGUGCAACAUUUUACAUGUAGGCCAAAUGGUUCAGUUUUAGAUCAUUCAUUCAUUUAAUUUAACAAUUAGGCAGUAUUUUGUGUCCGUCUAUUGCAUAAAAUUUCAAUAAAAUAUAAUUUUGUGGUUGUAAAGUUAAAAAAAAAAAGCGGUGUGAAUAGAUUUGCAAGGUACUGUAUAAAGAACGAUACCAAACAUGUUUACAGCUACCCUCUCUUUCACUUAAUCAGCCGGCCUCAAGAUAUCACUAUAAAACCAGAUGGAAAGCAGAAGAUGCACUUCAAUAAACUUAAAAAAAACAUGUGAGCGGUUUUGUAUUUGCUCCUUAUAUUUAAGUUGUGUUUAUAUGUGUUAGUCAUCAGUUCUUGUUAUGUAGCACGGCUGAGGAGACGGCAUUCAGGCGUGGGCUUUAGUGUAUCUGGGACUCUUCAGAGGGAAGACUGACGGAUGAUGCUUGAAGUGAGUGACACAGAAGCCUCCGAGGCUUUUAAACAGAUUGCUCACGGAGGAUUUCAGGCUGUCAUGCUGAAUAAUCAGAGGUGGCCUUGCCCUGUGCCCAGGAGAAAACGAAACGAUUAACACACUGUGUACGUCCAAAUAAAAACGUGGGAAUAAUCCUUUUUAUCCUCCCGAAAACAAA